AAAUAUCUAGAUAAUUAGUUAAUUAUUAUUAGAUUUUAUUGCUUUUAUUUAAAUGGAAGGAGAGUCAUCUGAAAUGGGUUGAACUGCGUCAAAAGGAUCAGUUCCAGAGUUGAAAAUACUGGUAUGGAAUAUACAAGGUUUACUCAAUGAAUUCUUAACUGAACGUUCAAAAGAAGUCGUUGGAAUUAUUGAAGAAAGCAAACCUGCAGUGAUAAUGUUACAAGAAGUAAUAGAAUCAACUUAUUCUUAUUUUAAUGAGGCUUUGAGUUCAAACUACAUAGGAUAUUCCCCCUAUGAUUUAAGACAAGGAUGCUCUCAUUAUUUCACUGCAAUAUUCAUCAGAAAAAAACAAAUAGGUUCUACAUCAGCUACAGUUACUGUGUAUCCUGAUUCAAAACUAGGAAGGGAUUUGAUGGUCGUAAACGGCGAUUAUCAUGGUUAUAAAAUGGCUUUUAUAACAUCUCAUUUGGAAAGUAUGCCUAAAAGAAUGGCUGAAAGAAAGAAGCAGCUUGCUAGUCUAUAUCAGACUAUGAUAUCACAACCGGAUAAUCAAACAGUAAUUUAUGGAGGAGACACAAAUCUUGAGGAUGAAGAAUUCAACUCGGUAGUCAAGGAUGGAAAGUUUGAUCUCACUAAAGUAGCUGAUGUAUGGAAUCUUCUGGGAUCACCAGAUAGUACUAAGUAUACUUGGAACACGGAGUUGAAUGACAACACUAAUGAAGAAGGCCGCCACAGAUUGGACAGGAUAUUUUUAAGACAAUGUGGAAAUGAGGCAAAGCAGUUCUUUAAACCCACUAGCAUGAAGUUUGUUGGUAUGGAAAGAUUGCCAAGUGGAAGAUUCAUAUCUGAUCACUGGGGUUUAAUCGUGCAAUUUGCACAAUAACUAUAGUCAGCAUAUUGUCCUACAAUAUCUUAUUUUAGAAGUACAAAUUUUCUUAAAAUAUUAAAAUCAGUUAUCCUCAACGGGAGGUCGCCUGAACUCCUUUUGGAGUCUGUAAGCUCUGCAUGCAUAAGAUGAAAAGAAAACUACUAACAAAUGUGGCCUAGCUUUCUUUAAACAAUUAUUGGACACAACUCUAUAAAACCAGACAGCACUGCAAAGCAGGAUCUUGUCCAUAUGAACAAACAUGUUUAUCUGCAUCAAAAGACUAUUCAGCAUUUUAUUGUAUUUUCAUAGGUUCAUAUCUUAAAGUACGCUUCACACUGUUUGUUCUUGAGUAUAUCAUCUAUGUACAGAGUUUCUGACAUCACAUCUUUUAUCACCCUCCAAAGUCAAGGUCAUUUCUGUGUGCAAUUUUGAUGAAAAAAUAUUGUUUGUAGUUGGACACAUUACUUGUACAUAACAGUAUUGAUUGGUUUUAUUUGAAGGGUUCUACAGCUUUUAAACAAAUUCUUAUCAAAAUCCUUACUAUUGGAAUGGUUUGUGAUUAUUAAGUUAUUAAGAAAUUCCUAUUAUUUAUAUAUGCACCACAAAGCUUCAAUAUUUAUAAAAAAUUAGAAUUUGAACUAUUUUACUAUGUCCCAAAAUCAUGCUUUUUAGACUUUAUUCCAUUCUUCA